UAUCCAAUCAACCACAUAUCACAGACUCACAGUGAACUCAGUUUUCUUGAUAAUGAUGGGCGGCUUGAUAUGGGAAACUUUGAAGAUGUUGGCCAGAUGUUUAGGCAAAGUUGUGAUUCAACAUUUGGAUUGGGGAACCUUAAUAAUGAAGAGGAGUCCUGCUGGCUCCUAUCUUCACACAACACAGAAGGAUCCGAUAUCCGAUGAAGCAUUGAAGUCUGGCUUCAGAUUUUCAUGUGCUGAAGCAGGUCCAAUGAAAAUUAUAUCAGAUUAUGAUUUAGAUUCCAAACCAGAUGUUGAAGGUCCGCCAAUGGCUGGUUCCAACAGAACAACAUCUCCUGUUGAUGGAAAAUUGAGGUGUCGAAUUGAUGUUGAUGAUGAUGUUGUCCCUGGUCCAUUAUCAAUGUAG